AUGGAAUUUGUGACAGGCCAUGACCCGACGCUAAAGCAACACGUGGCCGAAGUCGCAGCAAAUCGCGCCCACAGCCUGGACGUGUCCUCAUUUGGGGUGCCACACAGCCCACGAUGGGAGAUGUUUGCGCACUCGGCAAACCUGUCCGUGUCCACCAGGGCUACCUCUGCGACGCCGUCCUUGGCAGCGGCUCAGUCCAGGCCCGCAUCUGCAAGCAAAGAGGCGUCUGAGUGGACAUCAAGUCCUGUCAGCAGUGUUCCAGAGCUUCGUAUCGGCGCACAGGCUGCCUCGAUUUCUAUCAUGCAGCAGGACCUGCAGAUUGAGGAGGACUAUGGUGAGGACAAUGGUCUGGAGGAGGCUAUUGAGCGUAUGCGAGCUGGCAGGUCCACCUCUACUCGUGCUGCUAGGUGCACUGCCCGAUCCAAACUUGGAAGCCAGGCUCAGUCAGAUGGAACCCUGUCUACAUCCCAAGUUUCGCCAUGCCAGCCAUCAGCUAGCAGGACUGCCAAGUGUGGCGAAGCUGAGCUCCCAAAAAGGCAGACCGAGGUUGAGCCGGUGGAGCCUUACCAGAACAAGGCCACCGAGUCCAAGCCACGCUCUGCUCACUCGGGCACUCGGCCCAGAUCUGCGGAUCAGAAGGCUUCGCAUGCCAUCCACCGUGGCUCGACUGGCUUCGAGUCUGCUCGCUCGAGGGUGGUUGGAGGGAUUCGAUGCGACCAAGUUAUUUCUCGACACCUUCCAGAGCGCGAGGUGCAGUCGAAGAUGAUUUCCGUGCUGGCUCGACAAUUGGAGCGCUUGCGAGACUGCAUUCCAGCUUUUGCCGCACAAUGGCAAACAGUGGAGACGUACCUAGAGAAGGAAGAGCGCAAGCUGGUGGAGAAGGAAAGAGAGGCCAGCAGCGAGUGA